AUGGAUGUCAAAACUAAUGGAUCUUCUAAAGGUAUCUCAUUUGAUAAUCCAGACGUUGAGAGUUUCCUAGACAGUCUAUUUCAACUAAUCAAAGAGGAAGCCCUGAAAAAAGGCACAUCAAGAGAAACAGCAGUUAUAGAAUUUAAACAGCCACAUGAGUUAGAGGUCCUGUUCGAUUUUGAAAUUCACCACAAACCAUCUAGUCAUGAAUCACUUUUGGAAGAAGUUAAAAAGAUUAUUAAAUACAGCGUCAAGUCAGGUCACCCACAUUUUCACAACUUACUGUAUGCUGGCCUUGACCCAUAUUCCUUAUCAGGGGCAUGGCUGACAGAUGCACUCAAUGCUAAUAUACAUACAUUUGAAGCCAGCCCAGUUUUCAUCAUGAUGGAGAAAUACAUGUUCAAAAAACUUUCAACACUGAUUGGUUAUACUAAUGGAGAUGGCCUUUUCUGCCCAGGUGGGUCAGCUUCUAACUUCCUUGCACUGCACCUUGCCAGGUACAGGAAAUUCCCUCAAGUAAAACAAACUGGCGUAUACAACUUCCCUCAGAUGAGAUGUUACGUUUCUGAAGAUGGACACUAUUCACUUAAAAAGGCUGGCCAUUUUCUUGGAUUAGGAGAAGAUAAUAUAGUACCAAUCAAAACAGAUAAACUUGGCAUAAUGUUACCAUCAGAUUUAAAAAUAAAGGUUCAAGAAGAUCUUGAUAAGGGUUACGUGCCCUUGUUUGUCAUGGCUACGGGGGGUUCUACUGUGCUGGGUGCUUUUGACCCCAUCCCUGAGCUACACGCCAUCUGCCAGGAGUUUAACAUGUGGCUGCACUGUGAUGCAUGUUUGGGAGCAGGUGUUCUUCUUUCUAAAAAACACAAAUACCUGCUAGAUGGCAUUGACAGCUGUGAUUCUGUUGCUUGGAACUUUCAUAAAAUCAGUGGUGUGCCCCUCCAAUGUUCAGCUUUUUUACUGAAUGACAAGGACUUGCUGGGAGAAGCAAAUGGGUCUAAAGCUGAAUAUCUGUUUCAACCAGACAAGUAUUAUGACACAUCACUUGAUAUUGGUGACCGCAGCGUGCAGUGUGGAAGAAAAGUGGACAUCGUCAAGCUAUGGAUGAUGUGGAAAGCUUUAGGGGAUGAUGGCAUGGGGUCAAGGAUUGACCAAGCAUUUGAUAAUGCCAGCUACCUAAAGAAAAAGAUGGAAGUCUCAAAUAAUUUCAGACUGGUGAUACCAGAGUUUCAGUGUACAAACGUUUGUUUUUGGUAUUUACCUGCAAGAUUUCUGGGUCAAAAGGAAACAGAAGAUUGGUGGGCUGAGCUGCACAAGGUGGCGCCAAAGAUCAAAGAAGCCAUGGUCAAGUGUGGCAGCAUGAUGAUAAGUUACCAGCCACUGUCCAGCAAAGGUUUUGUUAAUUUUUUCAGAAUGGUUGUCCACAAUCCCUUGUGUACAUAUUCAGACAUGGAUUUUGUCAUCUCUGAAGUGGACAGGCUAGGGCAUCACUUAUAAAUCAUGGUUUAUUGAGACUUACUAGAUGGUGAUUUUGUUGUGAAUUAAUGUUUUACAUUGAUGUUUCAGUAAUCCUGUCUUCCAGUAUUAAGGCAUUUUACUUUUACUAACGAUUACAUUUCUUUUAUACCAAAUGAAUUUGAAACAUUUUUAAGAGCAUUUUUUAAAAAAACAUUGUUUACGUUAUAAAUUUUAUUUAUGUAACUUUUUUCUGAUUAUAAUAUUUUGAUUCUUAUGGAGAUUGCAUCUACCUCAUUUUACUAGCCAAUCCUUUCAUGCUUGAGAAAAACUGCAUAGUAAAUUUAUUUUUCUUGGAAUGUCAGUAUAAUUAGUGCCCCCUUAGAAUUAUGUUUACAGACAAAAAGAAGCUGAAAAUAAUCAAGGUAAAGCUUAAAUGGGUUGAGAGUUGACAUAAGAAAUGGAUCAGUUUUGGAGUUGUAUGAAUUUCAUUUGAUUCUUU